UGCCUUUACCUCCUUCUUUUCUUGGUUCCGAAAAACACGGCCCUUUUAAAGUUCCGCGGGGGAAGAGUGAGGGGGGCACUGAAAUACGAAAGAAAAGGGACGAAAUAGAGGAAAGGGAGUCCUGUCCUCGAUUCACGGUUGUCAAAUCAAAAGGUAUCGAAGGAUCAACGCGGAAAGGAGGUCUUGACUGCUUCACACACGACAGAAAUACGUAAAAUGGCGGAGCCGGACAAAUUGAACAUCGACUCCAUAAUUCAGCGUCUCCUGGAAGUUGGUACAGUUAAGGGCUCUCGGCCAGGCAAAAACGUUCAGCUGACAGAAAACGAGAUCCGCGGUCUUUGUCUCAAGUCCCGUGAAAUCUUCCUCAGCCAGCCCAUCCUGCUCGAGCUAGAGGCACCACUCAAAAUCUGCGGUGAUGUCCAUGGUCAGUAUUAUGACCUCUUGCGUCUGUUUGAGUACGGAGGCUUCCCCCCGGAGAGUAACUACCUGUUCCUGGGAGACUAUGUGGACCGAGGGAAACAGUCCCUGGAGACCAUCUGCCUGUUGCUAGCCUACAAGGUCAAAUAUCCAGAGAACUUCUUUCUGCUGCGCGGCAACCACGAGUGCGCCUCUAUAAACCGCAUUUACGGCUUCUAUGAUGAGUGUAAGAGACGGUACAAUAUCAAGUUGUGGAAGACUUUCACAGACUGCUUCAACUGCUUGCCUGUGGCUGCCAUCGUAGACGAGAAGAUCUUCUGUUGUCACGGAGGCCUGUCUCCGGAUCUCCAGUCCAUGGAGCAGGUACGCAGAGUAAUGCGCCCCACAGACGUGCCCGACCAGGGCUUGCUGUGUGACCUGCUGUGGGCCGACCCAGACAAAGAUGUCCUGGGAUGGGGCGAGAAUGACCGUGGAGUCUCCUUCACAUUUGGGGCAGACGUGGUGGCCAAAUUUUUGCACAAGCACGAUAUGGACCUUAUAUGCAGGGCACAUCAGGUCGUAGAAGAUGGCUACGAGUUCUUUGCAAAGAGACAACUUGUUACCCUGUUCUCGGCUCCUAACUACUGUGGGGAGUUUGACAACGCUGGUGCCAUGAUGAGCGUGGACGAAACCCUCAUGUGUUCCUUCCAGAUUCUCAAGCCAGCCGACAAGAAGCUGUACUCUUACGGAGGAGGCGGCGGUAUGGGGUCUGGAAGACCUGUCACUCCGCCAAGAAAUUCAGCCAAGGGCGGAAAAGCCAAGAAAUAACAGCCCCUGAACCUCUCUCCCCACCUCAGCCACCCCUGUCACCCCAUACUCUUCCUCUACCUUCCCACUUCUUGUUCCCUCUUCACCAAACAGCAACAUAGCAAACAGUACCCAGGGUUCAGUCCUGUUUUUUUCUCUCUAAAACUACUGUUUUUAACUGUAUGAAUGCGUGAGAGAGGGGGUUUGUUGUACUGUGUGUGUGUGUUCUCUCCCUUUCUCCUGCUCUGUUAUCCUGUCACUUGAUGAUGAUGAAACUGGCCCUUCCUUUCAGUGGUGCACAUGCACACGCAGACGCUGAGGAGGAGAAGGGGGAGGGUGGGGGGGAGGAUCGGGGAAGGUGUCUACUGUGUAUGUUAAGGCCCUGCACUGUUUUAAUGCUAAACACAAGCUUUUGUAUAUCCUGUUUGAGAGGUUUGUGUGUAUGUGUGAGUGUGUGUAUGUGGGGUAAAGGGGAGGGGGGGUGGAGUUGCACGGUCAUAUGGUAACGGCAUGCGCCACGUCGAGCACAGGUGGAUAAGUGCAGAUGGAUUCUUGAGUCGAUGGAUUCACUUGGAGCAAGCAAGGUGGACACAGUUUUCUUUUUCUUUCCCUUUUGAAAACCAAUGAUUUGAUAACACAAUCGUGGAUGUGAAAUAGUUUUGCUUUUUUUUCUUUUUUUUUUGUAGAGGAUUCAAAAACAAACGGUUUGAAUUUAGUCUAUUUGGAAGUCAUUGAUUAAAUAAAGAGAACCAUUUAUUUGAAA